AUGGCUGUCCGAGAUCAAGAUAUAGUGAAAUGGCCGCAUCCUUUGAAGCCGAAUAUAGGAAAUCAAGAUCAGUACUGCCACUUUCAUCGUAGUCAUGGCCACACUACCGAAGCCUGUAGACAACUCAAGGAGGAGAUUGAAAGGCUUAUCCGUCAAGUAGUUGGUGAAAUCGAGAGAAUCGCUGGAGGCCCCUUUUUAUCUGACCAUGUCUUUUUGGCUGUAAAUGAAAAUCCAACUCCAAAGAAGGCUCGUAUAGAUUACUCUAUCACUUUUGACGAUUCUGAUCUGGAGGGAGUAAAAACCCCUCAUCAAGAUCCGUUUGUUAUCAAUACAGGCAUAAGUAACCCAUGUUACAAUGUCAAAAGAAUUCUUGUGGACAAUGGAAGCUCCGUAGAUGUCCUGUUCUAUUCCACUUUUCUCAACAUGGGUCUCUCAAGAGAAAAGCUUCAACCUGCUGCAGGUCCUUUAUAUGGAUUUGAUAAUCGACCUGUACGAGCUGAAGGGAUAAUCAGUCUCCCAGUCGUACUUGGAGAAUUUCCUCGACAGUCUACACACUCCAUUCAGCUCAUCGUUGUAAAACAGGUCAAGUCACGUCCAAUGAUUACCUUGAGCAUCGAUGACUUUGAUCUCCGAAACGAGGAUAUUCCUCAGAGAGCUUCCCCUGUAGAAGACCUUACUGUUGUAUCUAUCUCUGAAGAACAUCCUUUGAGGAAGGUGCAGAUUGGAUCACUUGGUCCUCAACAAUUAUCUUGA